AUGUCUGGAGCAACCAUUUUCUCAGUUCUGGAUGCAAAGAGCUCUUUCUGGCAAAUUAAACUGGAUCCUGCCUCAUCUCUUCUCACCACAUUUGCAACACCCUUCGGCAGAUUCAAAUUCCUGAGGAUGCCCUUUGGCAUCAACACCGCUUCUGAAGUCUUCCAGAGAGCCAUGGAACAGAUAUUCAUGGGAUAUCCAUGCGCAGUGAUUGUGGACGACAUCCUAGUGGGAGGCAAAGGAAUAGAGGAGCAUGACAAAAAUUUGAAAAAAGUUCUGGAGCGGGCCAGACAAGUAAACCUCAAACAGAAUCCAAAAAAGUGCAAGUUCAGACUUAAAGAAGUGAGCUACGUGGGACACAUAUUCACUGACGAAGGACUAAAAGCAGAUCCAACUAAAAUCUCCGCUAUCAAUGAAAUGCCACCACCAGAGGACAAGACGUCUCUCCAACGUUUCCUGGGAAUGAUCAAUUACCUGGGCAAGUUCAUCCCAAACUUAAGUGAACUAUUUUACGACUACAUCUACGGAAAGCCAGUGGUGAUUGAAACUGACCAUCAGCCUUUGGUCACAAUCCAAAACAAACCUUUCCACACAGUUCCGGCACGGCUACAGCGCAUGAUUCUACGAUUACAAAAGUACAACCUGACUCUGGUGUACAAGAAAGGCAAAUACCUUUACAUUGCAGACACACUCUCUCACACACCAACGCUGGAUGAGCAACCUCUAAAGGAAGAGGGGCGCGACUUCGAGGAGGAGCAGGAGGAAGAGGCCGAGGAAGAAGAGCAAGAGGCCGAGGGGGAUAACGACUGGACAGCCCGAACGCUCUCAGAUGACGAGGAGCGCUACUGCUCGGAGGAUCAGGAGGACGAAAACGACGAGGUGGCGGACCAUGGGUAUGUGGCCGCACAAGAUCACGGCUACGAAACGCCGUUGCAACUUUGCGAGGACGGUGGCUCGCAAGGCAAGCCGAACCACCGAGAGGAAGGGGAAGAAGCAGGCGCUGAACCGGGGCGGGGCACUUGGGAGAUUUGGCAAGAGGACGACGCCGGCCGUGCUGCAGGUGGCGUUCAUGAUCUUGGGCGCGAUCGCAGCCACGGCGCUGUCGGUGAAACUCGCGACGCAGAUGUAGCCGACGAUUACGACGACGACGAACAAGAAGACGACGAAGACUACGAAGACAAAGACUAUGAAGAAGAAGACGACGAAGACAAAGACUAUGAAGAAGAUGAAGACUAUGAAGAAGAAGAAGAGGACGAAGAAGACGACCUAGACCCGCGAGGACGAGGCCCCACCGAAGAGGCCGUGGCGGCGGCGCGAGACGAGGCCUCCUCAUUCAUGGCCUACUUUCCGCCAGAGCUAGAGGACUCGGUGAUGGCCAUGACCAACCUGGAAGCGGACAGGAGCAGGCCCGCCAUCGACGGGUGGAAGCCCAUGGGGCGCGUCGAGUUCCGGGCCUACGUGGGGCUGCUGGUGUUCGCCGGCGUGUACAGGUCCCGGGGAGAGGCCUGCGAGAGCCUGUGGGACGCCGAGAGCGGCAGGUCCGUGUUCAGAGCCGCGAUGCCGCUCAAGACCUUUCGAGCCUACUCGGGCGCGCUGCGCUUCGACGACAGAGAGACCAGACAAGCCAGGCGAGGCGAGGGCGGCGGCCACGGCUACGACAAACUGGCCCCCAUCAGAGCCGUGUGGGAUGAGUGGUGCACGAGGCUGCCCGCCAUGUACCGCCCGGGACUGGAGGUCACCGUCGACGAGAGACUGGUGCCGUUCAGAGAAAAUGCAAUCAAAGAUGGUAGAGUAUCAAGAGCAAUUGGGCUGUGCAAGAAGUUGGUGGGGCACUUCUCGCACAGUUGGAAGAAAAAGGCAGCACUCACUGAGGCACAGAAGGAGCUUAAGCUUCCUGAGCACUCUCUCAUUACUGAGUGCCCUACAAGAUGGGGGUCCAAAGAGAAAAUGAUUGCCAGAGUGCUGGAACAGAUGAAAGCCAUAUCGCAGGUAUUGACAGGUGACCGACAUGCACGCUCCCUCAUCCCAACCUGGCAGGAUGCUGAAGUGUUGGAGUCCAUUCAUAAGGCACUGCAUCCUCUCUCCGAAUUUACUGAUGCUCUUUCUGGAGAAGAGUAUGUGAGCAUCUCCUACCUCAAGCCAGUUCUCCAUCUUCUGGCAACAUCAGUCUUGGCUGAAGAUGCUGAGGACACUGAUCUGACUAGAUCAAUUAAAACCAAGGUCCUGGCAUACCUCAACGACAAGUAUAGUGACCUCAACACCCAGGAGCUUUUGGAUGUUGCGUCGUUCAUGGACCCUAGAGAGCUGCGCUGCGUCAAGGGCAGGGCCGUGGGCUCCGUGGAAUCCGUAGUACUCGGCGGCUCCGCGGCACAAGGAGGAGGAGAAGGAGGUGGAGGAAGAGGGCCAGACACGAUCAUCCUCUCCUACGUGGCCAAGAAGAACAAGAACGUGCUGCUCCUCACCACCGCUCCUCGCUACCACCACCGCUCCGGCCCCAAGUCCCGGCCUAGCCGCCGCAGCAGCAACAGCAAAAGCAUCGGCAGCAGCAGCAGCGGCGGCAACGGCGGCGGCGGCAAACCUCCCUCCCUUGGUGCUGCAUUACAACCGCACCAAGGGAGGCGUCGACAACCUGCACAAGCUUGA